AGCACUCUAGGGGGCACCGCGUUCGGGCCGCCCGGCUCCGGCGCACAAAAACCUUCCUUUUUUUCAUCUCUGCAUAUAUGAUAUAUACACCAGACGCCUCGCCGGAGAGCUGCAACGAGCCAGCGGGAUCGGAUCGGAAGGAGCAGAGGAAGAGAAGCUCGUAUCCUCGUCCGCACCUCCAACCAGCCAGCCAGCCAGCCAUGCCGCGCGGCAAGAUCGCCAUGAGGCUCGUCGAGAACGCGCGGGCGCGCGCCGCCACGUGCGGCAGGAGGACCAGGGGGCUCCAGAACAAGGCCAAGGAGCUCGCCACGCUGUGCGCGGUCCCGGUCGCGCUCGUCUGCCUCGCCGCCGGCGCCGGGUCCCCGCCGCUCGUGUGGGAGUCGGAGGAGGGCGUCCUCGAGCGGUACCGCAGCGCCGUCCCGCCGGAGGCCCGCGCGCAGCACACGCACCGGGGCUACCUCGAGGCGGAGCUGGGCAAGGAGAGGGCCAAGCUCGCCAGGGUGCGCCACGGCUGCCCCGCCGCGCUCGCGGACUGGGACCCGGCGCUCAACGACGUGACGCUGGCCGAGGCGCGGGAGCUGCUCGACGCGAUCGACACCGCGCUGCGGGCCGCGGGAGACAGGAUGGAGGCCCUGGGCUUACCCGCCGACGGCGCGCUCGACGAGCAGGUCGCGCCGGAUGCGUCCGACGACGCAGUCAUGCCGCAGCCGCUCGCGCACGGUGGCGGCGUGCCGUGCACCGGAAGCAACCCCGUGGACAUGGACGUCGCCGGCUUCCAGCUGCAGAUGGUGCCGUGGAACGGCGGGGACAAGGACGGCCUGCUCGGGGAAGAUGGCUUCCAGAUGCAACCAGGGUGCGGCUUCGAGUGCAUCGGCGGCGGCAACUUCUGGGGCGCCGUCGACGGGACGCUCGCGCCGGGCUCCGGCAAUGCUCAUUACGACUGGCCUGGACUGACCAUGUGGCACGCCGACGAGUUGUGCGACGCAGCCUUGCCACUUGGCCACUACCCUAACUUCGCCGAUGGUACUCUGGCGCCAGAAUACUCCGGUCAGGUCGUCGCCGGCGGGAACUACAUGAAGACACUACCAAGUGGCGGGUACCCCAUGGCCAUGGGCGUCGGUGACAACUUCACUCUGGGAAGCAACUAUACGGCGCAUUGGCAGGCCGAGGAGUCCCAUCGCUCCGGCACAAGCACAAGCCAGCUGCUGUCAGCUGCAUCAUCGCCUCAGUGUUUGAAUCCCGGGACACGCAGCUCCAGCCAAGUCUUCCAUUAUCUCCGCUAGACUAGUACAUUUGUCACGGAAGUUGUUAGGUCCAAGAGGAAGAAAAGCUUUAUGUUAACUGGGAGAUGUAGUCGUAAAGACAUGUGCUUGGUGAUUUCGUAGUUAUAACAUGUUGUUUUUCGCGUAUUUGAAGUUAGAAUUUCGCAGAUUUACAUAAUCUGUUUGAAUAGCAA